GUUUCGUUUGCUGUCAUCUCGCUGACUAUGGUUCCGUUUCGGUUCGAUAAAUGAAUUGUAAACCUCCAGCAGUGUUUGUCAUUAGAGAUACGAGUUGUAUGACAAAAGAUAGGGAAAAUAAAGAGAUCAAGCAUUUUGCUGCUGAUAGGCAAAAGAGGGUGCAUCUGAAUGACAAGUACAAAGCUUUGAGAAGUUUGGUCCCUAACCCCACCAAGAAUGAUAGAGCAUCAAUUGUGGGGGAUGCUAUUAUGUACAUCAAUGAGCUGAAGAGGACAGUAAAUGAGCUCAAAAUUCUGGUGGACAAGAAAAUGUGCUGCAGAGACAGAAUCAAGAGGCAAAAGAGCGGUCCCAUGAAUAGUGCUGAUGUGAAGCUUAGGAAUGAAGUUGAUCGAUCUUCAUUAAGAAGCUCGUGGCUUCAGAGGAAGACCACCAAUACUAAUGAAGUUGAUCGAUCUUCAUUAAGAAGCUCGUGGCUUCAGAGGAAGACCACCAAUACUGAAGUUGAUGUCCGGAUCGUGGACGAUGAAGUCACUGUCAAACUUGUCCAGCCGAAGAGAAUCAAUUGUCUUCUCUUUGUAUCUAAGGUCCUAGAUGACCUUCAACUGGAUCUUCACCAUGUUGCUGGCGGACUUAUUGGCGAUUGUUACAGCUUUUUGUUUAACUCCAAGAUUUGUGAAGGAUCUACAGUGUAUGCAAUUGCUAUAGCAAACAAGCUCAUUGAGAUUGUGGAUACUGAAAUUUCACCAUGUAAUACCACUUCUACUCCUUUACAAGGUAAUUUUCUUUCUGCCCUGGCUAAAUUUUGAUUUACCUGCAGUAUCAAAGUACACCUAAAAAUCAAAAGCCAAUCAUAUGUCUGCAUGGAAAUACGACUACUUUGAGUAUGUUUUUGCAGUCUCAACAAGUUAUUCUAGUGGACCAGACUUAUAUUAAAGCAUCACCAAGAGAAUUCAAAAGAACCAGUUAAGAUUUCAGAGCUUCGAGUUUCUAUUUUGAGUUUAAGUUCUAUAUUCUGGUGGUAUAAAAAUUUUCACUCAAUUAACUAUAGGUUAAAUCUUUAUGAUAAACAUUAAUCCGCAACCUGAUAAAUGGUAAAUAACUUGCUAUAAUACACUGAUCAUAAAAUAUUCUGUUGCGGAGCAAAUAUGACAUUAUAUUUCAUAUUGUUAAGUGUUUGUCCAGAUUUUCUUACCAUAAUUGGUUUUCCUAUCUCAUGAAGGAAAG